AUGGGUCGCGAACUCCAAAAGAAGAAGGCCAGAUCUGGUCGCCAGCCAGUCAGACAACUCAACAGAACCAAGAAGAUUCUUAACCCCCGCGGUAACGAUGCCAUCGCCAAGAACUGGAACAAGAAGGAGACCAUGUCCCAAAACUACCGUCGCCUCGGUCUUGUUGCUCGCCUCAAGGCCCCUACCGGUGGUGUAGAGAAGAAGCUCGGCGCAACCACAACCCGUGCCUAUCCCAACGACCCUUUCGCCAUCGCUAAGAUCGAUAACGCUGUUGUGUCCGAAGCGCGCGUUGAGCGCGAUGCAGACGGAAAGAUUAUCCGCAUCAUCGGCGACAACAAGCCCAACCCUCUCAACGACCCGCUCAACGACCUCGACAGGGACAGCGACGACGAGGGCAAGACUGCCGAGGAGUGGGGCGGUAUUGCGGACGAUGCUGAUGAGGAGACAACUGAUGUUGUCAAGCAGCUCCUCGAGCAGGCUAAGCAGCCUGAUGUUCCCAAGAAGCGACACCAGAGUGCUCGUGAGAUUGAGUGGUUGGAGAAGUUGGUUGCCAAGUACGGUGACGAUACGGGUGCUAUGUCUCGGGAUCGCAAGUUGAACCCCAUGCAGCAGACAUCAGCCAAUAUCGCCAAGCGCCUUCGCAAGAUGCAGAAGGAGGCUCAGGAUUAA